AUGCCUCACAAGGAACAUUUGGAACUCAUUGAACUGCAUCCCACUUUCGGUGCAGAAGUUUGUGGCAUCGACUUCUCGCAGCCAAUUCCAGAGGACAUCUUCUCCGAGAUCCGGGCUGCCAUCACUAAAUACGGCGUCCUCGUUUUCCGCAAGACCAACCUCGACGACGCUAGCCACGUCGCCUUCGCCUCACGCUUCGGCGCCCUCGACGAUGUGCGACCCUACACGGCGCAAGGGAAGCAGCACCGACUGUCGACGGAUCAGCUCUUCGACGUGUCGAACCUGCUAGCCGACGGCAGCGUGGCGCCGCUCGACUCGCACCGGCACGCCAUGAACAAGGGCAACUCCCUCUUCCACGUCGACUCGAGCUUCAAUGCGCGGCGGGCCGGCCUCUCGCUGCUGCGCGCCGCGCGCCUGCCCCCUCCCGGCACCGGCGGCGCCACCGACUUCGCCGACACGCGCGCCGCGUUCGCGGACCUGCCCGCGGCGACGCGGGACGAGCUGGUCGCACGGGACCACAUCGCGUGUCAUUCGCUGAUGCACAGCCGGAAGCUGGCCUGUCCGGAGCUGCUGGCCGGCGUGGAUCCGGAGGACUACCCGUUCGGCAAGCACAGGCUGGUGCAGAAGCACGAGCCGAGCGGCCGGUGGAACCUGUACGUCGCGAGCCAUGUGCAUCAUGUGGAGGAUUUGGAGAAGCAGGAGUCUGACAGGCUGGUCCGGGAGCUCUACGAGCACGCCUGCCAGCCGAAGUACGUGCUGAGAGUUGAGUGGGAGAAUGACGGCGAUUUGGUGAUGUGGGACAAUACGUGUGUCAUGCAUAGAGCAACUGCAGGAGACUACGAGGGUAAGUAUGCAAGGGAUAUGAGGCGAGCUACGGUGCAUGACUCUAGCUCCCAGGCCUACGGGUUGAACGAAGAGACAGAUGCCAGGCAGGGGUUUCCAUAA